AUGCAACACGAUGAAGUAAUUUGGGGUGUCAUCUCCAAGCAAUUUUGUUCCUUCAAGAGCAAAUUACCAGGUACUGGUAAGAUGUUUUGUAGUAACUUGUACAAUGUUACGGGUUUAUGCAAUAAAACUGCAUGUCCAUUGGCCAAUAGUCGGUAUGCGACUAUUCGGGAAGAAAAUGGGGUUUGUUUUCUCUAUAUGAAGACAAUUGAACGUGCACAUACACCAAAUCGACUCUGGGAACGUGUGAAACUCAGUAAAAAUUACACGAAAUCAUUGGCUCAAAUUGACGCGCACCUUGAAUUUUGGCCUAAAAAACUUGUACACAAAAACAAACAAAGACUGACAAAAAUUCAUCAAUAUCUGAUGCGCAUGCGAAAACUCCUUCUCAAGACCAAACCAAAACUUGUCGUGAUUAACAAGAAAAUUGAUCGACGUGAAAAACGGCGCGAGAAAAAAGCCAUGGUUGCGGCAAAACUUGAUAAUUCCAUUGAAAAAGAAUUAUUGGAACGUCUUCAGAAAGGAACGUAUGGUGAUAUUUAUAAUUUCCCGGAACGUGAAUUUUCCAAUGUGCUUGAAAGUAAUGGAAAACGUCAGACAAUUGAGGAAGAAAGUGACGAUGAAAUUGAGUAUGAACUUGAUGGAGAAGAAGAAGAAGAAGAAGAAGAAGAGGAGGAGGAAGACGAGGAGGUUGGACAAGUGGAGUACGUUGAAGAUUUUGAUGACGAGGAGAGUGAUCUUGAGGAUUUGGGAGAUGAUUUUGCUGUAAAUGAUGAUGGAGAGAGCAAUGCGUCCGAUAGUGAAGAAGAAGUUUUGUCCAAGACUAAAAAACGGAAGACGAUUACGAGUUUAAAGAAGGAAAACAACAAGAAGAAGAAGAAAGUCAAGGGACCGUAUGUUGAGAUUGAGUACGAACAGGAGCAGGAGACGGCGGAUGGAGAAGUUGAUUGGUAA